UCUUGUUUCUAUUGGAUUGAAGUGAUUUUGAAAAGUGUAGUUGGAAAAGUUCUGUGUUUUUUCAAAUAUGAAGUUCAUUCUCAUUGCCAUGGCCAUCGCCCUGGCCUGCGCGUUCGCCGAGGAAUACCCCAACAAGUAUGACAAUAUGAACUUGGAUGACGUGCUGGGUAACAAGAGAUUGCUGAACGGGUACAUGAAGUGUGCUCUGGAUAAAGGACCUUGCACUGCUGAGGGGAGGGAUCUUAAAUAUUACAUCUCCGACGGCCUCAAGACUGGCUGUUCUAAAUGCACAGCUCGUCAGCGCAAAGGGAUCAAAAAGGUCAUGAAACAUCUGAUCAAGCAUGAACCUGAAUAUUGGAAGCAAGCAGUUGACAAAUAUGACCCCGAUAGACUUUAUACUAAGAUGUAUGAAAAGGAGGUUGAGUCCUGGUCGUGAGAUUUAAAUUUGGAACACGAUAAUAGCCUUUUGCGACGGUAAAAAUUAAGAAAAAAAUGUUAGUAAAACCUUUUUGGUGUUUUGAAACGCUUUGAAUAAAUUGAUAGGAAACAAAAAAUAUCAAAAUAAGGAACAAUAAUAAUUAUUGUUUUUAGAAAUGUCUUUUCGAUUGUUAUUUAGUAAAAUAUUUCCAAAACUGUACUAUUUAGCUUGAAUAGACGUCGUAAUUUGCUAAAAUUAAUGACUUGCUGAUUCUAAAAUUAGUCUAAUUAUAAUUAAUCUAGGUCUUCCGACAUUUUAUUUAAUAAAUCGCUGUAAAUCUCGCUUACUGUCUCUUAUAAUUAUGUUUGCUUUUCGUCUGUUUUGCUGUCUUUAUUUUGUAAACUAGCAUUUACCUAUGUAGUUUAUGUAUUUAUUUAUUUUUGUCUCUCUAUACUUUUUUUUACGAAAUGGCAAAUCAUGCAAAUUUAUUUCUGUUAUAUGUUUCUACUUUUUCUUCAUUUCUCGCUUUAGGUAUUGAAGAAAAAUAAUAUUUAUUAAAUACUAAUUAUUUCUAAGACAUUAAGUUAUAUUAUUAUUUUAGAC